CCCUUCGGGAAGCGUCAGUCUCGUCGCGUACCGUGAACCGAGAGGAGGUUGUGUCGAUGCUGCUCAUCUUCUUUCUUCGUUCAUAUCCCUCCGUCUCUUUUCGAUCUCCUUUCCUUUCCACACUUCUCGUGUGACUGGAACGGUGAAGUACAAAGUUUGUGAUCGUUUUGGUGUCGUCGAGUGUUCGGGUGGACGUAGUGCGCAAUAACGUGGCUCGGAACUUGGUGUUCUCGAAAGUUUCUCGUAACCGUAUAAUCCGUGGAUACGGUAUAAUCGCGAUACCGAGCGUGAUAGUCGAGUCUCGCGACCGUAGCAGAAACAGGUGUUCGAAGGCUGAUCGAAAAGCGACGCCACGCGAACGAUGGUGCGGAGGCGGGCGGGUGAAUCGUAGUGCGGCUACGCGAUGCGUCCUCGUGGCACGCGGCGUCGGUGACUCGAGUCCUCGUCUCGCCGUAAAAACAUCUCUCGUUGUAUUAUUUUUGUUUGCGUCCGGCUCUAUUCGUAGACUGUAUCCGCGUGUUUACCGAUGCCCGAGAAAUCUAUAACGCGUAAUACGUUCUCCGGGAGGAGUAUUUAUAACGUUGAUCGUAGUUGAUAUGCUUGGAAAAGUUUGUACGUGACGCGAGUUGUUUCUUGUCUCUUCGGUGGAAUCGUGUUCACAAUUUCCGGCUCGUAUAUCGCGAUCCGACGGUGUGUGCAGAUCGCUGGCUUCGGUUCUUUGGACGAUGAGAGCGAUAAACGUUCUGCAUCGAGACGCGAUCAUCGCCGAGAUUUGAUACCGAACGAGACCGUGGCGGUGGUGGUGGUAGUGGUGAAUCGUCCACGUUGCCAGAAAUUCGUCGUAACCGCAGAAUGCAGUCGAACACGAUACUGCGCGAUGUCGUCAAUACCGAGAAGAUGAUGGGAAACAACAACAAUCUGAAUAACAACGGUUCCCCGGGCACAGAUAUAAUGUUCCAGAUGGAAGAUGAUAGUUUGACGCAGUUGGGAAGCGUUUUUCAAUCGGCCUAUCAAUCGAUCGUUGGAGGUAGCGCUCAGUACGGCUCGGAUGAAUUCGGACAGGACUCGCCGAGAUACACCUCUCCCAAAGCUGCGGCCCUCUACGCAGAUCCCUACUAUAUCGAUGGGAACGCCGCGGGUACGGGUCCUGGUGAUCCAUGGACGGGGGGCAGCGGCGGCGUCCAGCCCCCGUACAGCGGAUACGCACCCCCACACCUGGCCCAACCAGCCUACCCCAUGCACCUACCCCACGACCCCAUGGCGUAUUCGGCCAUGUCGCCGAACGGAGAACCGGCGGCUCCGAUUCUGGGCUCGGCGGUGACCAGCGCGGCCUCACUGCCACCAAUGUCCACAUUNAUAGCAGCAACCCAUCCACGCCAGUCAGUUCGCCACCACCGUUGACGGGUUCAGCGCCGGGCUGGGCACCAGGUGCUGCACCAGUUUCACCGCAUUUCACCACGGAUCCCAACCGUGGAACCAUUCACAUGCCGGCGCCUGAACAGCAGAGGCUAGACGAUGCCAUCGGCUUCCUUCGCGACCAUGCCGAGUUGGUACAGGGUACGCGGAUGGAGGAACGAUUGGACGACGCCAUAAACGUGUUGAGGAACCACGCGGAGAGCCAAUUAGGCCUUCAUUUGGGUCCCGUUGGUCCACACGGUUCAAUCUACUCCCACACGUCGCCACCUCAACUGGACCACUUGACGAGUCCUCAUCCUGCGGUGACAGUGACGCAACCACAGGGCUCUUACUCCGGCCUCACGCCCACGCCCGACACGGACGGUUCCAUCAAAAUCGAAAGGUUACCCGUGACGAAUGCCAAAUACGUCUCUUUAGAAAAGAGAAAGGAUCCACCGGAUAGCAGCGGUGGCGAGACGAAACCUUCGAGCAGCGAGUUGGCGGCGGCGGGCGUGAUAGGAGCUGCAACGGUCAAUUCUACGUCCCAGGGGAAGGGGACCAAGAGAUCGCGUAGAUAUUGUUCGAGCGCCGAGGACGAGGAUGAUGAUCCCGAUGUGAAGGCACAAAGGGAGAAAGAGAGGCGGCAGGCGAACAAUGCUAGGGAAAGGAUACGUAUCAGAGACAUCAACGAGGCGUUGAAGGAGCUCGGUAGAAUGUGCAUGACGCAUUUAAAAACGGACAAACCUCAGACGAAGCUUGGUAUCCUGAAUAUGGCUGUCGAAGUGAUCAUGACGUUGGAGCAGCAAGUCAGAGAACGAAACCUCAAUCCAAAGGCAGCGUGUUUGAAGAGAAGGGAGGAAGAGAAGGCAGAGGAUGGACCUAAACUACCCGGCCAUCUGGCGGCGCACAUAGCUCAUCCUCAUCCCCACCCCCACGCGCAUUCUCAACCCCCUUUCUCCGCGAUGCCUGGCCCGCCGCCUCCGCUUCAACACAAUCCAUCGCAGCCACAGUAGCAGCGGCUCAGUGGCGGUAUGAUNNNGUGCUAAGGGGUAGAUACGGCUUAAACUUGUCAUAGGAUUUUUUCAAAGUUUUCCAGGACUCGAACAUACAGAUAGAAGAUCUUUUCCCGAUCGUGCCCGAUUGUACCGAGCCAGAAGAACCCUCUCACGAUCGAGAGUAAAUAUUUUCCUCUCUUUCUUUCUUCUUCUUCUUUUUAUUAUUAUUAUAAUUAU